CACAAGAUUUUGGCCGUAUACCUUCUAGCCUUAACCGGAGGGAUUCGGCCCAUAUGUGUCUUGUGACAUUUGCUUUAAAAUGGUUGGAUGAAUACAUUUUCAAUCACGUCAAAAGUAAAAAAAAACGCAUGGAUUUUAUUUUUCACGAUGUAUACAAUAAACGUUAUAUUGCGAUGCACAUCCACAUCUGCAAAAAAAAUGUUUUGAAAACACGUUUAGGAAGCCACGCCUCGCCGCCGUGUGACGUAGUCAAGCGCGGGCAUUUCGGAAGUGGAAUUUGUGGAAAGCGAAAUUGACUGAAGGAGCGAGUAAACGCUGAUAAGAAAGUGACAAGAAUUUGAUAACAUCAAAGCGAUCGUUUUUAAAGAUUUAAGACAGACAAGGAGAACAGGGUUAGAUGGAUAGCUACCUCCGUAGCAGUCUGAAUGCAGCCCCUCUCUCUGCGGCUGGGCAGAUCGUCCUAGCAGCCCUUCACCUCCAGUAUCCCCAAAGAUGUGACAGAAGCAGAGCUAUCGCAUAUGGUAUCGGCUUCAGAAUGUUUCAGGCCAUAAAUAACAGGAAUCAAGAGCUGUUCAGAAGGGAAAACAAGUCUUGUUCAACCAAUACCUGCUCCCAAACGUACAGACCAGAUAGUUCUCAACCUAACCCUAUAAUUGAAAGACAGAACCAGGAUUUUUGCACCCCUUCCCAAGAGCCAAAAGAAUUAGAUUUAAGUGAAUUGGCACCGAAAAAUUCCAGUCAUAUUGAGCUGAGAGGAGUACUCUGUAAUGAGAAGAUUGCUGAUGAUAUCACUAAACCCAGCACCCAGUCUGUGGAGCCAGUGGCACAAGGAGAGAUUUUACCUGCAUGUGGAUCGAUUAGUAAGGAAAUCCCCCAGGUUAAAUCACCUGUGACCGAACCAAAUAGUCUGACCUUCAGUAAGGGAUGGAUUGAACCACAGAGUCUGGCGGAAAAGAUCCCAGUAGGCUAUAAUCUACUUGAAGCUCAUCCUGUAAAAAAGUCUAGCUGUGGAUGGCCUACAUUACCCACAAACAUCUGCGACAUCAAUACAACAUCAAGAGAAAAGGGCACGUUUAAUGUAAAUACUGCGGACACGCAGAGUAGGGAUGAAAAGAGGGAGCUCUUUUGGAAUAAUCAGUCAUAUUCAGGAGAGAAUGAUUUCGUGAAUGAGGGCUUGAUUGAGAAGGCUAACGUUGAUUCAUUUUGUGAGAUCAUCUCAAAAGAGGCCAAAUGUGACCACCAAGCUGUGCUUGUACAAACACUGCCCAGUCUUCUGCCAAAUGCAGAGAAAUCCAAGUUGCACAGUCUGGAGACCAGCCUUUGCUCACAAAAUAAUACAAACUGUGAAUUGUCUGCUCCGUUGGAAAGCUUUUCAUACGUCCAACGAUGUGGGAACAUCACUGCCCUUGAAUGUGACCAGGACACAUUUGUUAAGUCGAAUGAAUCGGUUUCUGACUUAUUGAGACUGAAAGAAGACUGUGGAUCUGACAGGAGAGAAAUUACAACGGGUACAACUAAUUUUUCCCAGCUUGACGGGAGUGUAUUCCAAAUGAAUGUUGGAGAUGGAAUCAGUGAGAUGAAGUCCGCAUCGCCCACCAUCACUGAAGGAAUGCAGCACUGCACUCCAUCCUUAUUACAGGCUGGAAAGGUGCUCAAGCUUAAAGCAUUCUUGAAUGAACCUCCUCACAGGAGACCCUCACAGGAAGCACCUAAGAUCACUUCAUCGUCUGAGAACUUGAUUCUUACUGCCACCUCCACUAGCUCUAAAGUACAGCAGGCUCCAGUUAAAAAAGGCUCAAAGCGACUCUUAAAACAACCAAAAGCUCCACAGCUUGACAUCAAGAGACCGAGACAUCCCUUCAGACCCCAGAUAGAAUCAAGUCAAGAAUUGAAUGAAUCAAACCAUUCUGAAGCCUCCAAGCCUUCAGAACCAAGUCACACAGAAUCCAUCAUUUCAUUGCCUUCAAAAACAGACAAAAAAGAGGAGAUGACCACAUCAACCUGUAAAGGGACCUUUAGUUUCGUCUCCGAUCCCAGGGUGUGUGACACAGGCCGUCUCUCACAGGAAGAGCAAAAAUGUAUGUUAGAAGAGGCAGGAAGAGCUAAAGCAGUAGUUGUAACUAUGGUGUACCAGGAUGGCACGAUACAACUCGACCCAGAGCAGAGGUCAUGUCCUGCCGUGUGUGGCCUACUGGUUCUGCUUAAGAUGGAUUUGGACUCUGAGGGGCUGGAGGACAGACCACAAGAGAGAGUGCUGUACCUCAGACUAGAGCAGAAACCAGCCUGGGCCCAACAAGACCUUAAACACAAGCAGGAUGCCUUUACCAGAGAAAUGGUGUUGCAGAUGGUAUGUGGCACAAAGCCAUUUGUUUGCUUUAAAGCCAAAGACCUGUUUCGCACAGUGCUGAAACAUUUUAGCAGAGACUUGAGCUGGGAGCAAGUAUUAGGGUGUGAGGUAAUGGAUCCUCAGAUUGCUGCAUGGUUGUUAGAUCCUGCAGACUCAGCAUCCUGCUUUCAGACACUGCUCUCCAAACACUACACACGUCCAGUUACACGCAUAUCAAUGCAACCUGUUUUCGGACAUGCCAAGGUGACUCAAGUGAUCUCAAAUUUGUCUCUUCUACAUAAUCUAAUGUUGGAACUGCAUAACAAGCUUCAGACUCAGGGCCUGUGGCAGCUAUAUUCUGGCAUCGAACAGAAGAUGAUUCCAGUUCUGGCAGCAAUGGAAAGUUAUAAAAUGCAUGUGGACAAGGAAGCACUGAAAAGGACUUCAGAGAUGCUAGGGUCUAAGCUAAAGCAGUUAGAACAGGAAGCUCACCAGGCUGCAGGUCAACAGUUUUUGGUAUCCAGCAGUGCUCAGCUCAGACUGAUCUUGUUUGAGAAGCUGCGUUUGCAUGAACGUUGUGAAAAUAAGAAGCUUCCCAAAACAGUCAAACAGCAGCAGUCUACAUCUGAAACAGCACUGCUCCAACUUCAAAACCUGCAUUCACUGCCAAAGAUCAUACUUGAAUACAGACAGAUCCAUAAAAUUAAGACUGCAUUUGUGGAUGGCAUUUUGUCUUGUACAAACAAGACAUUCAUCUCUUCCACAUGGAAUCAGACCAGUACAGUGAGUGGCAGACUGUCUGCCAAACAUCCCAAUUUUCAAGCUCUACCCAAGCAGCCACUGCAGAUUUUGAAGAAGCAGUAUGUCCACGGAAAGGACUCUGAAGUAGUGACUGUUCACCCACGUGCCAUGUUCAUUCCACGAGAGGGCUGGACUUUCCUAUCUGCAGAUUUCUGUCAGGUGGAGUUGCGUCUCUUGGCUCACCUGUCAUCUGACCCUCAGCUACUAAGAAUCUUUCAGAAACCUGAAGCAGACGCCUUCACCAUGCUAGCAGCCCAGUGGAAGGGUGUGAGUGAGGACAAAGUGAGUCUGGAGGACAGAGAGCAGGCCAAGCGUAUUGUCUACUCUGUGAUAUAUGGAGCAGGAAAAGAACGGCUGUCUGGUAUUCUGGGUGUAAACGCAGAAGAGGCCAGUCGUUUUCAGGACACUUUCAUCCAGACGUACAGAGAGGUGCAGGCCUUCGUCCAACACACCAUCCAGUUCUGCCACAAACACGGUUUUGUGAAGUCAAUAAUGGGAAGACGGCGUUCUCUCCCUCACAUUCGCUCUGCUGACUGGAGCCUUCGAAAUCAGGCAGAGAGACAAGCUGUCAACUUUGUGCUACAGGGCUCAGCUGCAGACCUUGCCAAAAUGGCCAUGAUCAAAAUCUGCUCCCAAGUGUCUUCCACUGCUCACACUGCCAGGCUGGUGGCUCAAAUCCACGAUGAACUGCUAUUUGAAGUGGAGAGCUCACAAGUACAUGAGUUUGCUGUAUUGGUGAAGAAGACCAUGGAAUCUCUUCAGCACAUUGAAAGUUUAGGAGUGAGUCUAUCCGUGCCCCUCAAAGUCUCCCUGUCUACAGGACAGUCGUGGGGCUCAAUGUGUGAGAUGAACCCCUCAUGCACCACCUCAGCGUCUUCACCCUGAGUCUCUCAUUUUUCCUCGCCAUCACUAUGGUAACCGAGCAGCUGCAGCUCCUAUUACUUAUUUCUCGAUGACGUAUCCGAGGGAAACGGUAGGAGCAGGCUGGUUUGCACCAGUUCCAUUUUGGGAUGGGGGGCGCUUUGUAUCUUUCACUGAUUUGUUUUUAUCUUUUACUGUUGCGUUUUAUCUUUUACUGUUGCGUUUUUGGAUUCUGUUCUUCCUGCUGUUCAAGGGCUGAGAAUUUCUCUACAUUGAUUUUCUUUACACUCUUCAUUGACCUUAUAUUGCCAUACAAUAUACAUUUUGUCUAUAUGUCUAUUUAUUUCCAUAAGUAUGAGUUAUGAUUCGGGAUGUGUUUUAAAGGGAUGGGCUUAAUUUCAGAUGUAUUACUGAACUGUGAGCCGGUGUCACUGCUAUCUGUCUCUCAGGGACUGUGAUGGAACGUCUUUGUCUUGAUGAAUAUUAAUAAACUCGCUCUUCAUUUAGUAA